AUGCCUGGGCAGAGGGGCUCCAAGCAGGCCAGCAAGCUGAGGACCACCUGGUCCCUGGCUCAGCAUCAAGAAUUCCAGCUGCAAGUGCAGGGGUCCGUGAGGGUGCAGGAAGGCCAGUGCAUCUUCGUGCCCUGCACUGUGAUCUACCCCAAUAAAGGUUGGAAUGAGUCUGACCCAGCUCAUGGCUACUGGUUCCUGGAAGGGGCCAAGACAAACACGGAUCCUCCUGUGGCCACAAACAACCCCAACUGUAAAGUGAGGAAUGAGACCAGGGACCGAUUCCACCUCAUUGGGGACCCCCGGACCUCCAACUGCUCCCUGCACAUCAGAGAUGCACAGAAAAGGGACACAGGGAGAUACUUCUUUAGAGUAGAGCGAGGGCCCUAUGUGAAAGAGAAUUACAAAAAAAACAUGCUGUCUGUACAUGUGACAGAUCUGGUACCUGACAUCCACAUCCAGGGGACACUGGUGUCUGGCCACCCCAACAACAUUACCUGUACAAUGUCAUGGGCCUGUGACAGAGAGACCCCACCCAUGUUCUCCUGGAUGGGGCCCAACCUCACGCCCCUGGGUCCCUGGACUCCCAACUCCUCAGUGCUCACCUUCACACCAGGGCCCCAGGACCACCGCACCAACCUCACCUGUCAGGUGUCUUUGGAGGGUGGCCAGGAAGGGCAGAGGACCAUCCAGCUCAAUGUGACCUAUGUGAUCCAGAACCUAACCAUCAUGUCCUGGCAAGAAGGCACAGGAUAUCAAGUUCUGUCCAAUGGCUCAUCUCUCCAAGUCCAGGAGGGCAACUACCUGUGCCUGGUGUGUAAAGCUGACAGCAACCCACCUGCUCACAUGAGGUGGACCCGGGGCAGCCUGACCCUCGAGUCCAUAGACCCAGGGGUCUUGAAGCUGCCCCAGGUGCAACUGGAGGACCAUGGGAAAUACAUCUGCCAAGCUCAGCAGCAUGAGUCAGCCUCUCUGGAAGCCUCUGUGACCCUCAGUGUGAAGAGGAAAUCAGGGCCCAGGGCAGUGGUGGUGCUGGUGGCCAUUGUGGAAGCAGCUGCUAAGACCCUACUCCUGCUGCUCUGCCUCAUCAUCCUCAUAGUCAGGUACCACAGAAGGAUGGUGACAAGGCCCACAAGAGGCAUGAGAGAUGCAAACACAGCAUCCAGUUAAUGCCUCAGCUCAGCUCAAUGCCCAUCUCCUCCCCAUCCUGACCCUGGUCAUUCCUGUGGCCUCAUCUCUUCCUGGGCCUCUAAACCCAAAAAUGUCCUGACUCCACCUCUG